AUGUUGUUUGAAGAAUUUCCGGUCGAACUCAUCCAGUCGGUCCUUGGCUUCAUGGACUCGAGGUCUUUGCUGUCGACCAUGAUGACAUGCAAAAAGCUGCGUUCCCUCGGAGAACCUAUCCUGUACUCUCACGUGGUUUUUUCAUAUAAGCUGUUCAAGGCUUUGGGCAAACGAUCGCAUCUAUUCAGCUUGGUCAGACAUUUUGAAUCUCCGGAGGAACUCUACGGUUGGGAAGAAGAUUUUGAGUCAGUACAAGACGUCGAAGAAGUAAAACAAAUUGUUCGCAUAAUGGCCGUCGACACCAAAGUGGACCGUAAUAUGGACCCGAUAUAUUUUCGUGGAGAGGACCAUAAUGAUGCUCUGUUUUUCUUUCUGACUACUAAGUUCCCCAACCUGAAAUCUCUCCAAGUCAAUGGAGACUAUUAUCAUUCGGCCUAUCUGGUACCUUUUUUCGCAAACAUCGCAAUGAAAUUCCCUAUUGAGCGUAGGCUUUGUAAGCUCAAGAGACUUGAACUUGCCAGCGAGCCGGAAUCGGACCACCGUCAUAAUGGACCGUCACCUUACAUCUUCCAUCUACCACAGCUCGAGUCCCUUUCUUUCUUUUCACCACUCGGUGUGGUGCGAAGAUGGCCAGAACAAUGUCUACGGCUUGAUCAUCUCCGGGAGCUCCAAAUGACAAACCUGAGGCAUGACAUUGAAAGUUUGCGGGCAGUUAUAACCGCUGCACCGAAUCUUCUGGACCUCGAGGCUUUUAUUCAACCGGAACGUGGCUGGAUGGGCGAGAAGCCAUUCGACUGCACGGUUCUGGGUGACGCCCUGCGGCAAUGUCGAAGGCUUCGACGACUUGUCAUCAAAGCCCCUAAGAAAUACCGCAUACAAAGCGACGAACAUGAGAUUCGGAUGCAAGGAAGCAUUGGAUCCCUCACUUCACUCUCAGAAUUGCAGUAUCUGGUCAUCUCGUUAGACGCGUUUCUGGGAUGUCUGAAACCUCCUGAAAACCUCUGUUUCCCUGCCACCGACUACCUGCCGCCGAACCUUCACACGUUGAUGUUUUACGUCGACAUGGGCACUGUCGACCCUGGAGAGUGGACACCUAUGGACGUAUAUGAGACGUCUGUAGUGUGUACCCGUCGGGAACGCCCUCCAUUUCCAAAGCUUCAGCAUUAUGGGAUUGAAGGGUACGGCCAGUGGGCUGAGAAAGAAGAAGAGUUGGUAGGAAGUCUGUGCAAAUUGGCUGGCCUAUCCUACGAUGUCGAUUUGCCUUGGCAUUCCUUAAACCAUCUUGUUUUUGGGGAUGAAGAUUGA